AUGGCGCCUCCAGCUCAAUCUCAGAAAUCCUCUUCACCCUCCCAACCCUCCGGAAAAGGGGAAGUUUCGGAUGUGAAAUUGCAGCUCCGGCAACUAGCAGGGAGCAGAGCUCCUGGAACGGACGAUUCAAAGAGAGAACUUUUCAAGAAGGUGAUUUCAUACAUGACUAUUGGGAUUGACGUGUCAGCUGUUUUUAGCGAAAUGGUGAUGUGCUCGGCGACCUCGGAUAUAGUGCUAAAAAAGAUGUGUUAUUUAUACGUUGGGAAUUAUGCAAAGAACAAUCCAGAUCUCGCGCUUUUGACAAUUAAUUUCCUUCAAAGGGAUUGCAAGGAUGAGGAUCCUAUGAUUCGUGGUUUGGCUUUAAGGAGUUUGUGUACACUACGUGUCGCAAAUUUGGUGGAGUACUUGGUGGGGCCUUUGGGCAAUGGGUUGAAGGAUGGAAAUAGUUACGUGCGGAUGGUUGCAGCUGUUGGGGUUCUCAAGUUAUACCAUAUUUCGGCUCCGACUUGCUUGGAUGCUGAUUUUCCUGCUAUGCUCAAGCAUUUAAUGCUUAAUGACAAGGAUGCUCAGGUAGUUGCAAACUGUUUAGCUUCUCUACAGGAGAUCUGGGGUCUGGAAGCAAGUACAUCUGAAGAAGCGGCAAGGGAGAGAGAAAUGUUGCUUAGCAAGCCAGUUAUAUACUACUUUCUAAAUAGGAUCAAAGAAUUCAGUGAAUGGGCACAAUGUAUUGUUCUGGAGUUGGUUGCUAAGUAUGUUCCCUCUGAUAGCAAUGAGAUAUUUGACGUCAUGAAUCUUCUUGAAGAUAGACUUCAACAUGCAAAUGGUGCAGUUGUUUUGGCAACCAUUAAGGUGUUUCUACAAUUGACCCUAUCCAUGACAGAUGUUCAUCAACAGGUGUAUGAACGUAUCAAAUCCCCUCUGCUCACUCAAGUGAGCUCAGGAAGUCCCGAGCAAUCAUAUGCAGUAUUAAGCCACCUACAUUUACUAGUGAUGCGUGCACCGUUUAUAUUCUCUUCAGACUACAAGCAUUUCUACUGUCAAUACAAUGAACCAUUUUAUGUCAAAAAAUUAAAGCUAGAAAUGUUGACUGCUGUGGCAAAUGAGAGCAAUACAUAUGACAUAGUGACCGAACUAUGUGAAUAUGCUGCAAAUGUUGACAUCCCAAUUGGGCGACAUCCUAAAGGUAAGACAAAGGGCUAUAAGGGGGAGUUCAACGAAGAGGGUUUAUAUUCUGGGAUAGACACUGCAGUAAUCAAGAAAGAGUGGGUUCAAGAAUUGCCGUUAAAGAAGGAAACGUCUUGUGAUGAAAAGAUUUAA